ACAGCCUGCGGGACUGCUGGGAGCCGAUGACGCCAGAACGCCGAACCUCCGGCGUCCGGGAGGAGGCGGGGCUACGGAUUCGGCCGAGCCGAGAACACCCGAACGCCAAAUUGCUCGGGUUCGAGAAGGGGGCGGGGCUGCAGAUUCGGUGAAGCCAAGGACGCCGGACCGCCGCACUUCUUGUGCUUGGAAGGGGGCAGAGUUUUGAGUCUUAGAGCUUGUAGGCCCGAAAGCCGAAUCACAGUGGUUCGGAAAGAGGAAGAGCCAAGGCCCGAGCGUCCCGAAGUGGGUGUGGCCUUGGCAGUGCCUUAGCCUCGAGAGCUUCUGACCCCUGAUGGGAGCACCUGAAGGGGGACACCCACUUUGCAAGAGGGUGGUGCCAAAAUGGACCUUUGUAAGGGGGCGUGUCGCCGCUCUUGGGAAGGUUUGUUUUCAAGGCACAAUGGUAGGAGGAUGCUAGUGGUGGAGGUGGCGAACGGUCGCUCCCUGGUGUGGGGAGCCGAGGCGGUGCAGGCCCUCCGGGAGCGCCUGGGUGUGGGGGGCCGCACGGUAGGCGCCCUGCCCCGCGGGCCCCGCCAGAACUCGCGCCUGGGCCUCCCGCUGCUGCUGAUGCCCGAAGAGGCGCGGCUCUUGGCCGAGAUCGGCGCCGUGACUCUGGUUAGCGCCCCGCGCCCAGACCCUCAGCAUCACAGCCUGGCCCUGACAUCCUUCAAGCGCCAGCAAGAGGAGAGCUUCCAGGAGCAGAGCGCCUUGGCAGCUGAGGCCCGGGAGACCCGUCGUCAGGAGCUCCUGGAGAAGAUUACGGAGGGCCAGGCCGCCAAGAAGCAGAAGCUAGAACAGGCUUCAGGGGCCAGCUCGAGCCAGGAGGCCGGCUCGAGCCAGGCUGACAAAGAGAACGAGACCAGUGAUGGCCAGGCUUCGGGAGAGCAGGAGGAAGCCGGCCCCUCCUCUUCCCAAGCAGAACCCUCAAAUGGGGUAGCCCCCUUGCCCAGAUCUGCUCUCCUUGUCCAGCUGGCCACUGCCAGGCCUCGACCUGUCAAGGCCAGGCCCCUGGACUGGCGUGUCCAGUCUAAAGACUGGCCCCACGCCGGCCGCCCUGCCCAUGAGCUGCGCUACAGCAUUUACAGAGACCUGUGGGAGAGGGGCUUCUUCCUCAGUGCGGCUGGCAAGUUCGGAGGUGACUUCCUGGUCUAUCCUGGUGACCCCCUCCGCUUCCAUGCCCACUACAUCGCUCAGUGCUGGGCCCCGGAGGACCCCAUCCCACUCCAGGACCUGGUUGCUGCUGGGCGCCUUGGAACCAGCGUCAGAAAGACCCUGCUCCUCUGUUCUCCGCAGCCUGAUGGUAAGGUGGUCUACACCUCCCUGCAAUGGGCCAGCCUGCAGUGAACUCCAAGACCUAGGGGGACAUGGCUGUGUCUGCAGCAAGAGCCUUUCUAGAUGUUCCCCAGCUCUUCUCUGGGAGUCUAGAACAUCCUCCUACCUUUCUCUGCGGUUAGUUUUUGAUUCCAGGUUUUCGAACACUACAUCCUUUUUAUGUUCUUCCUUGUUUCAAAGCACUUAUUGGCUGUGUUUUUGUAGUUACCUGUUUUCACACUGUGAGCUUCCUGAGAAUGGGGCCUGGGUUUGAUUCAUCUGUUUUCUACAGGGUUUAAGUCUCAGGAGAUCUCAAUAAACUUGUUAUAUAAAUGUU